AUGGAAAGUGAGGACUUGAGCGAAAUGGCAGACUUUUUGGAACAAGAGUCAGGUGGAGUUUUGUCUGAUGUUGCUCAUGAUCUAAUCAACGAAUGCUAUGGAGCUACGUGGAGUCCUGAAGCCAGCAACGACUUUGUAGCAGAAUCAGACGAUCUUCAUUGUGAUUCUCCUAGCACGUCACAGGAUUACCUUAGUAGACUGGAGGGGCCAGUUUAUUAUCAACUGGUAUGUUGGAGUUGUUAAAGGUGUAAAUCGGGAUACUUUUUUGAAACUGUACGCUUGGCUUUGGGCUUCAGAACACAGCUAAACUCUGGUUUUUAUUGAUCAUAGCUUAAAUAAUCCAUUACUGUUACAGGGUACAGUAAACAAAAGUUACAAUUCAACGUUUUUUCCAAUUGCAGCUACAUUUGGUACUCAACUUGAUAUUAACAACGAUUCACAGUGCCUCUACGUACAAGAGGAUAAUCAAAAGGCAGUGGAAGAAAAUUCAAACAAUUUGCAUAUGCUCCAAUUUACCAAUGAUACUUCAUCUUCAGCCUUCAGUACUCUUUCAGUUGGAAGAACACGGUUUCAAUGUCCAGAAUGUGAAUCACACUUCAGUAGAAGAAACGACAUGAACAGACAUCUACAACAGAAGCAUGGUAACCCAAAAGAUGUCUUUUUCUGUCCUUACUGUCUAACAGAUUUUACAAGGAAACAAAACUGUAUACGACAUUACAAUCGAUGCACAUUUGUACCGAAGGAUGUAUCGGUGGAGAAGCUGAGGGAGCCGUUGACUGAAUUUCCUGGUUAA